CCCAUACAACUUUCGCCCGCAAAGACAUUUGACAUCAGUCAACCCUUCCAAUUCCCUCGUAUCUAGCAGCUUCUCCGCAUACACCACCUAACCAACAUCAUGCCCAAGGAGAAGACCACCCGCAAGGCUGCGCCCAAGUCCAAGGCUGAUGGCGGCAAGAAGAAGAAGGACCCCAACGCGCCCAAGCGUGGUCUUUCCGCAUACAUGUUCUUCGCCAACGAGCAGCGUGAAAAGGUCCGCGAGGACAACCCCGGUAUCAAGUUCGGCGAGGUCGGCAAGGUUCUUGGCGAGAAGUGGAAAGCCCUGAACGAGAAGCAGCGCACUCCCUACGAGGCCAAGGCUGCUGCUGACAAGAAGCGCUACGAAGAGGAGAAGGCCGCUUACCAGGCCGGCGAGGAAGAGGAAGAGGAGUCCGAGUAGAGGCCAGCACCUCGUUCGUGCUUCCACCAACAAUGCUGAAGAUGUCUUGUCAUAGGAGGCCUAGGCUACCAAGCCUCUCUCAUUUCAUUUGUGAUCUUCCUACUUCUUAAUGGGUUCGUUAUCUCUUGCGGAGGAAGGUCUUCGGCUAGCCGAUCUGUGGUUCAUUUCGAUAAGGACGGCCGCAGUCAGUACCAUUUGCGCUGAUGGCAGGCGGUCAUGAUGUUUGGGCGUCUUACUCUUGACGUUGUGAAGGAACAUCACGAAGCUCAUGACCAAGUCUAUGUACACUAGCAACUGCG